CCCUCCCUGCCUGCCUGCCUCUUUCCCUUCGGUGCGUCUCGGUCCGCCCGCAGCAGUCUCCUUCCCCGGCGAGCUUUCACUACAGAGAUGGCUGCGAAAGUGUGCAGGUCGGUGCUCCUGUUGUCCCGGAGCAGCGGAGCGGUGGCCGGCAGCCUCCCCGCACGUGUUGUCUCUCCUCAGCGGCACCACCAGCACAUAAGACCGGAGCUGCUGUCUGCGUCGUUCACCCGUCAGACUGUCAGGAGAGCACAUAGCCUGCGGCCUGCAGCCCCCUCCACACUCUUCACCCAGCCCCCCGCCGCCCUGUCUCCACAGGUUUGGAGGAGCGCCCCCUCUUGGCAUGGCCACAGACUGUUGUGUUCCUCCACUGCUCCCGAGGAGGUGACCGUGGUGUAUCAGAACGGGCUGCCGGUGAUCUCCGUCCGUUUGCCGUCCCGGCGAGAGCGCUGCCAGUUCACCCUCAAGCCUCUCAGCGACUGUGUGGGAGUGUUCCUGCAACAGCUCCAGGCGGAGGACCGAGGCAUCGACCGGGUGGCCAUCUACUCCACGGAUGGAGCGAGGGUCGCCUCGUCAACAGGCAUCGACAUCCUGCUGCUGGAUGAUUUCAACCUCGUCAUCAAUGACACCACACACCUCGUGCAGCCCCCAAGGAGAGACCUGCUGCCCCAUGAGGAGGCAGAAAGGCUGAACGACGUCAAGUUCCUGGUGCAGCAGCUCUACACCACCCUGCGCAUCGAGGAGCACCAACUCGGCAAGGAACGCGAGCUGAUUGGACGAUUGGAGGACCUCAACUCUCAACUCCGCCCCUUGGAAAAGGUGAAGGAGGAACUGAAUAGGAAGGCGGAGCGGCGCACCACCUGGGUGCUUUGGGGCGGCAUGGCGUAUAUGGCCACCCAGUUCGGCAUCCUGGCCAGGCUCACCUGGUGGGAGUACUCCUGGGACAUCAUGGAGCCCGUCACCUACUUUAUCACUUAUGGCACGGCCAUGGCCAUGUACGCCUACUUUGUUCUAACGCGCCAGGAGUACGUUUACCCCGACGCUAGAGACCGACAGUACCUGCUGUUCUUCCACAAGGGAGCGAAGAGGACACGCUUCGACAUUGACAAGUACAACCAGCUGAAGGGUGAUAUCGCUGAGGUGGAGUUGGAUCUGAAGCGUCUCCGGGACCCGCUCCAGCUCCAGCUCCCAGUGCAGCAGCUCACCGCCAGUAAAAAUUGAUGGGAGUAGUGACUUCCUCCACUAUCAACUCCUGCUACCACCUUUUCCUCCUCUUUGCAACACCCCUCUCCCUCCCUGUUUACCCCCAACUCUUUGCUAAGACUCCUCCCUCCCUUAUUGCUCCCACACCAAAUAAUCCCAUCCCUUUUUUGACUGUGGGAGUUAGUUUUUCCUCCUUUUUCUUUCUUUUUUUUUCCUUUUUCCUUUCCUGACUGAAAACUCCAGUUGGAAUUGCAAUUGAAAACCGCUAAAAGACAAAGAAAAGAUGGGGAGAGUCCAGGGAACUGAAAAACUUUUACAGCCGAUGGAUGGUGAGUAUGAUGACAAGGACAAUGAUGACGAAGGACAUGGGCUUCUAUGGAUAUGCCGCAAGUCUCCGGAGGGACAGCCUGCAGGGAAUUUGAGGGGACAAACAGGAACGAUCCCGCGUCUAGACACUCCAGACAUGCAGAGGGGCAGUCACUGGUGUGUGUGUGUGUGUGUGUGUGUGUGUGUGUGUGCGUGUGCGUGGGACUUUCAGGGUUUACUGGUACAACAGUCCUGACCACUGGCCUGCAGGUCGACACAACGGUGUAUUCCUGCUUCCUCAAGCAGUCCAACUGCCAACACACACACACACACACACACUCCUAAUCUUGGUUGGGACAGGAUCAAGAAAGAGUUUCUUUCCCAAAGUUUACAAGAAAGUCCUGACUGCAGUUGCACCAUCAGGGGGGACUUUCGUCUUCCUGUGGCUGAACCCUGCUGCCUCUCCCUCCGUCCCUCUGUCCCUCUGCCACGCCUGUGCCAGGUGACUGACAGCGCCGCCCCCCCCCCCCCCCCCCCCUCCCCGACCCCCUCCUUGUCAGGAGCCCGACUGGACUUGCAGGAUAGAGGCAUGACGACGCCUCGCUUCCUCUUCCUGUUGACGUCCUGUAGCGGCCCGUUCUGCGCAACUAUGAGAGUACUACCGACAACAACGUCACUGUGUGUUCUUUUAUUCCAAAAAAAAUAUUUUGGCACUUUUUAUUUUGAAAGCCAUAGUAUAUUUGUUAUGAAAAGAAUAUAAAUAUAUAUGUAUACAAUCAAAUAACAGAUGACCAGAGGCUAGUUUAUUUUUUUCAGUGGGGGGAGGAGCUCUCUUACUAACAUCCUCUCAUCAAUUAACAUCCUCUAAAAAAUCCUCUCCUGCCAUGAUGGACCAACAGUCCAACGUGCACACACACACACACAAAGAGCAUUACAAUGUAUGCAUCUAUACCUCCAACUAACUAGUGCAUAUCUUGUCAGACACACACACAAUGUAUUUCCCAGUAACUACGUCCAGGUUGGACUGACGGCUCCUGUGCAUGGCCACCAAAGGCGGGGAACAAACAACGUUGAACCCAAUUCAAGGAGAAAAUGGCUUUGAUUGGAUUUUAACAAGGGAGGAAAAGGCCAUCCUUGCCCUCGAUAAUCAUCUCAUGUAGAAAUGCUUUACAUAAUGAAGUAUUCAAAAUGUGCAGUCACCACAGGCUUAUUAUCGUUUACUUCAACAGGAGCAUCGUUUGAGAAAAUUGCCUGCGGUUCAAUAUCGCUUUUGUCUAAUAUCAUAUUUUUUUGGUAUUUGUCCAAUUUUCAGCCAUUAUCGUAACAGCAUGUAAUGUGCAGUUCAACAAGUGAGUCUGUUUUUUUUUUGUUCUACAAUUUUCCCUAGCGAAGGUUUUUUCAUAAAAUCACACAAGACAACACUUUAAAACAUUGUCAUGGAUUUAAUCCAUAGAGGCUUUUUCAAGCUUCCUCCUCCCGCUGACGCUUUAAUGUCCCCCCCCACCCCCCCCCCCCCCUCCUCUGCUCCCUCGAUGGCCAGGCAGGGUAGACUGCAUGCUGUGGUAUGCCCUUAGUAGAGGUUUGUGAAUGUUUAGGAGGAUUAUUACAAUUUUGUACUUAACUGGACACUUUCUUUGCCACAUUUAGCUGAAUCUCAUGCCCUCCACAUGUUAAAGGUAGAAGGAGGGGUUUAUGUUGCCCUUUCUCUGGGAUGGUCACCGAAAGAGACUUUGUCAGCUUUCAUUUCUUUUCUGUUCCGGUUUAAGAUUGGAAGCACUCUCUCCAGCCCCAUUGGUGUCUCCAUAAAAGGAGCUCUUAAAGUCAGUAGUUUUUACUCUGAACUGCUGUAGUUUGCCUCUGCAGAGAGGAAGUACAAGAUGCCAAUAAACAUGGAAUCUGGUUCAAGAUCCUGCUCGUGUCUCAUGAAAUCUGACUGAAUCCCACCGAAGAGAUCAAUGUGUUUAACUGCAGAUUUUCAAUUACAAUGCAUGAUUUUAGUUCAAAUCAAAAGUUAGCCAUGCAGAUCUCAAGGCAGGAUUUGGUCUGUUCUGUUGAGUGUGUGUGUGUGUGUGUGUGUGUGAGUGUGUGUUUGUGUUCUGUCUCCAGGGGAGACUUUUGAUUGUGCCUUUUGAUUAAUGAUUUAAAAAAUAUCAACAAUGUAGCAAAUCAGUAAUAAGCAAUGAUGAGAUCAUUGGGAAUGUUAAUCUCCUAUUUGGAACGACACCUUUGUAUUAAGGAGGUUUAAAUUUGAAUGGUUGGAAGUGAGUGUGAACCUCAGUCUGUGUGUGUGUGAACACGUGUGUUUGUCAAGUGGGUACACUGAGACAAAGUUCAUAUCUCUGUAUUCCCAAAUCCUUUGCCCUGAUUCCCUGUCUGUCAAUAGUGGGAUCACUUCAUAGAAGUCCUGUUAUUUUUCCUGAAUAUGCCACUUUACUUACACACACACACACACACACAUUGUGGCAAUGGGGUUUCCUUUGAGACGUAAUGUGGCAGGCGAGAGAUCCUCCCCUCAAACACUUUUCUCCAUCAUCACCUCUUCCUUUUGAUCACGCCAUCCACCGUUUAUGGCCUUUGUUUUUCUUGUUUACUUAAAAUCAAAUAUAUCAAAUAUAGGGAAACUUUAUUAUACAGAGGGUGUUGCAUGAAUGUAUGUCUACAUGGGAAAUUACGUGAAAAUAGAAAAGAUGAUUUAUGAAAAAAAAAAAAACCUGCAAAGAUAAUUUCAGAACGUUGUUUGUAGAGAUUCCUAGUUCUAAAGGGCAGUGGACAGGGCUGCGUCUUCUGCCCUGCCAAAUCGGACUUAAAUCCCAGCCAACCAACCGCUCAAACCUUGCUCACUCCCAUCUUCACCUUAUUUACUCCCAUGAUACCCCCCCCUCCUCAGCCUGCGUUCAUACUCCCCAAUAAAUGGGGGAAAAAACUCCAUCCUGAGUGCAUUUCUAAGGGAGUUGUUCUCAGGACCUCUGUUAGCUUAUCGGGGAACACCUCCAAUUCUCGUCCCUCUCUCAUAGCAUUUUCAUCCACUGUCAGCCUUUUUUUUUCUCCAAAGCGAUAUUAUUAUUAUAUUUUUUGAAUGUGUGUUAGGUUUUGAAUAUCUUGUUUGUGUGCACUUACAAUAAGAUGUUUGAAAUGCCUAAAGAGUGACGCAGAAUAUAGGUUUGAAAAUAAUCUUGUACUCCGAUCUGACCUCUUUUUAUUGUUUUUAUUGUCCGUUUUUCUUCUGUUUGACAUGAUGCUGUAAUGUUGGCGAAAAAGAAAAGUGUAAAAUCCUGUAUCAUUUAUGAAAUAUGUAUAAAAGAGAAAUGUAAUUCAAUUAUCAAUAAAAUCAGUAUCCAGGUUUUGGAA